UGAAUAUGAAUUAGAGAAAAAAGAUCAGCAAGAAAUUAAAGAUGGAUUUAAGAAAUUUGUAAUAUUAUUUAAUAAUUUGAAACAAUUUGAAGAAGCUGAUAUUAUAAAAAAUAAUAAAUCAGAUAAAUUAAAUAUAUCAACAAAUAAUAAAAAUAUUAAUUAUCAAAUUGAGUCAAUAUUUCAUACGUUUACAAAUUCUAUUUUUAAAGAAAUUUUUAAAAAUGUUAGAGGAAUUUGUAAAUUAAAUAUAGAAGAUUUUAUUGAAAUUAUUAAUAAUUUUGAUGAUCAAAAAGAUAGAGAGAAAAAUUUCAAUAACGCAAAAUAUAAUAUUAUUAGUAUCAUCAAAGAUUUAUCAAUGAAAGAAAAUAUAGAUUAUAAAAUAGAAAAAAUACUCUAUAAUUUUACGUAUUAUAUCUAUCAAGAAAUAUUGUUAUUGAAUAAAGAUAAAAAUCAAUUAACAAUUAAAUUUAGUAAAGAAAAACCAAGAUUAAAUAAAAAAGAAAAAAUAAUUUUAGAAAUAAAUCAAGAAAAUGAAUUAAAUGAAAAAGAAGAGGAUAGUGAAAUAAUUUUUGAAUCAGAUCAAGAAGAAAGAGAAACAAGUGAAUAUGAAAAUAUUAAAGUACCAAAGAAGCUAUAUAAGAAUGAAAAUAUAGGUUUAAAUCAAGAUGAUAAUGAAACAGAAGAAAAAAAGGAUCGAAGAUUGAUUUAUUCAAACAAAGAUAGAGACAUAAAGAAUCAGAUAUUAAUUUAUCAAAUAAAUCAAGAUAAAAACAAACUAAGAAAAAUAAAUAAUAUAGUCUUGAGUGUAAAUCCAUUCAAGAGUAUUGUAGAAAUGAAUUUUUCAUUUGAUAGAAUUUCUGAUAAGGAUGUAAAACAAAUUAUUAAAUGUAGUAAUAAUGGACAUAUAGAUAUCCAUUAUCCAAAAUUACCAUGUCAAGUCAGUAAUAGAAAAAAUCAUGUAUUAUGUGAUUGUAGAUAUGGAGAUCGUUUUGAGAAAAAUUAUAUUUUUGGAAAAACAGAUAGAUUUAAUAGAUUAAAUUGUGGAUGUGUUUCUAAAAAACUUCAAGAAAAAUUUUCAGAAGAUUAUACUUCACUAUGUCGAGUUUGUGAAGAAAAUUAUAUAUUGAAAGAUUGUGAAUAUAAAGAUCUUUUCGAGAAAAAUUAUAUUUUUGGAAGAUAUGAUAUAAAUAAAAAAUUAGGAUGUAGAUGUUUAUAUAAUGAGAUUCAGGAAAAAUAUAGAGAAUUAUUAUUAAUUAAACCAGAAACAUCUCAGAAAAGAAAAUAUCAUUGUUGUACUUGUAAGAAAAUUUUUUAUUAUCAUCAAUUAAAAGAUGGAUAUAAAUAUUUAAGUUGUUAUGAAGUAUUUUGUGAAAGAUUACCUGAAAAUGAUUAUAGAAAAAUUACAUAUUUACAAAGUGAUAAAUAUAGAAGAAAUCUUGUUAGAUGUGUUAUUUAUAAUAAAGAAUAUAAACGAGGAAAUUUUUUAGAAGAAGAAGGAGAUUUUUGUGAUAUACAUCAUCAAGUAGCAUAUAAAAAUUCUCAAGGUACAAUAGAUAAAUGGGAUGAAAAUGAUUAUGAAGAAAGUGAAAGUUCUAUUAAAAAAGAUAAAGGUAAAUCUGCUGAAAUACCACUAGAUGAAAUAAUAGAAGUCAAAAGAAUAAGAAAAUUGAUUAUUAAUAAUUAUACAUUUGAUGAUAAUAUUGAUAUUAUUGAAAUGAUAAAUAAGGAAUAUAAAAGAUUUGGUUCAUUGAAAAAUAUUACUAUUUGUAAAGAAUGUUUUUCAUUUAUUAAUAGAGUAAAAAAUAAUUUAUGUAUAAAUUGUGAUAAAACUAAAGUUUUAGAAAAAUGA